AGUGAUUCAGUUUGGUGAUAAUGAAAGCUAAUUCACAAAUGUUGUUCAAUUUGAUCUCAUUUUUUAUUCUUAAAAAUGCAUGACGCAUUUGUUUACAAAUUCUGGUUUUAAUUUUGUGAGCCGCUGGAAAUAGCUAGAGUUAACUAAAGGCCAUAAUGAAAACCAGCAUUCCUAAUAUGCUAUUAGAGGAUUCAAUUUAAAUAAGUUUGCAAAUAAUUUAAAAUUUCUGCAAUUAUCCUUUUCUCGACUCACUCGCCUGCUCAGCUGAUUAAAAAGUAUCACUCUCUAGAUUUCAUCACAAGUUAAUGAUAAAUCACAAAGUAAACACAGUGAAUUAUCACAAGCUUUACUUGAAUUUUAAGCUAUUUUUUAGUGCAAAUUUAUUAAAAUUAUUAUUAUAAAGUAAUUGAUAUCGAUAAUGUCUAUUGAAAUUUUAAAUGACUCCUGUUUACUCAGAAUAUUUCGUGAAAUCAAAGAUAAACAAACUUUGAUUAUCUGUUCACAAGUUAAUCAACGAUGGCAUUCAUUAAUUUUUUCCAGUUUAUCACGUCCGAAGAGAUUUGCUUUCGCGAAAAGAAGCCAAGCUGAAAGGUACGGAUUGAAAAUCAUAUACGAUGAUGAAACCGGUGCUGUCGCGGAUACAAUCGAUCCUGACUUUUUUAUUAAACAUGGCAGAAAGAUCAAACAACUGUGCAUUCCAGAUAUGACAUUAGACGAUUUUAAACUACAUGUAAAAUAUCUGCCACGAUUAGAAAGAUUAAAUCUAUCAAGCAGCUCGUGUUUCUCGGAGCCUAGUGAACGUUAUGAUGGACCAAAACUCGAAAGGCUAGAAAUACUUGAAAUAAGUACAGCAUCAUCAGUUAGAUCUGAACCAUACAGGGGUUUAAGUUUAAUGGAUCGAUGUCCUUAUCUUAAAAGCGCUUUCCAUUGUAUCGAUGGGGAAGAUUUUUUCGUCGACACGCAAGUGAAAAAUUAUUAUUUAGAGGAUUUGGUGAUUGAAAAUAUGUACUCCACUCAAGCAGUUAAUUGGCCAACUUUGAAAAAGAUUCUAGGAAAAUGUCCUAAUUUAAAGCAUCUGGCUAUUAGACAUUCGUACGACACUGAUAUUGAAGAUGAAAAUAUACCAGAAAUGCUGCAACUAUUACCGAAAGUGGUUCUAAUUGAUUUACGAGUGUCUCCUGGUGUUACUUACAUAUCUGCUGAUUAUGUAGAUGAAUAUUGUAAGCUUAAUAAUCGUUCGAUAUCAUUUUAUUAUUCUGAGGAACACGAAGAUAACAUCAAAGUUGAUUGGCCUCAAUUAUCAGAUAAAUUUAGUAACCUCUGUUUUGGUUUCAGCUUCAUGAAGCAUUGUUUUCUUAAACCAUUCGGCAGAUUACCUUCAGUUAUGGACUCAACCUGCUUAUUACCUUUACUCGAACCUGAUACUCCCAAUAAUAAACCUGUUGUCAUAGAAGAUGAUUUAGAGUUAGGCAGUAUAUUGGACUAAGCGGCUAUUAUGACCAUUCAAAUUUGAUAAGACUAUUUUUACAAAAUAAUUCACACUUUCAAAUUUUGAAAUUUACCAUUUUAGAAACUCAUAAUUAACUUAUUUUGCCUUUUUAUGUUUUUGCUAACUCUGAACGUGUAAAUGCAUUUUUUUAUCUCAUAAUUAAAUCAUUGCAAUGUGAUACUAAAAAUGU